UGACGUCAUAAGGCCGCGUCGCGCGCUCUGCGUCUGUGGAUCUGCUGAAGACAGAUAAACUCCUGCUGAAGCGACUGAGAGACACACUAUUAUAAAGAUGGAGUUUAUUAAAGAGGAGAGAGAAGACAUGAAGGUUGAAGAAGUAUUCAGUCUGAAACAAGAAGAGCAAACAGACCUCACGGUGCUGAAAGUGGAGAGUCAAGAGCUGAAUGAGAUGGAAGAUAAAAAUCAUCAUGAUUUCACGACUAGGGAAAAAUCCACUAAAAAGACUUCCUCACAAAAAAGAGUUCAGAUGGCCAAAUCAAACAGUUUAUUCACUUGCUGUCAGUGUGGAAAGUGUUUUAGUCAAAAACGAAAACUUGUACUCCACAUGAGAGUUCACACUGGAGAGAAGCCGUUCACCUGCCAACAGUGUGGAAAGAGUUUCACUCAGCAUGGAAACCUUAAAGUCCACAUGAGGAUUCACACUAGAGAGAAGCCAUUCACCUGCCAACAGUGCGGAAAGAGCUUCACAGCAGAACUAAACCUUAGGUAUCACAUGAGAGUUCACACUGGGGAAAACUCUUUCACCUGCCAAGUGUGUGGAAAACAUUUCACUCAAAAACAAAGCCUUGAAGUCCACAUGAGAAUUCACACUGGAGAGAAACCUUACAUCUGUCAACAGUGUGGAAAGCGUUUUACUCAAAAAGUGCACCUUGAAGUCCACAUGAGAAUUCACACUGAAGAGAAGCGUUUCACCUGCCAACAGUGUGGAAAGUGCGUUACAACAGAACUAAACCUUAGGAAUCACAUGAGAGUUCACACUAGAGAGAACUCUUUCACCUGCCAACAGUGUGGAAAACAUUUCUCUCAAAAACAAAUCCUUGAAGUCCACAUGAGAAUUCACACUGGAGAGAAACCCUACAUUUGCACCCAAUGUGUAAAGUGUUUUGCACAUAAAAACACCUUUAAUUACCACAUGAAGAUUCACAUUCAAGAGAAAUCUUUCACCUGCCGAAAGUGUGGGAAAAGUUUCACUGAUAAACAAAGCCUUGAAGUCCACACGACGGUUCACACGGGAGAGAAACCUUAUACUUGCACUCUGUGUGGAAAGAGUUUCACGCGUAAAAACACCCUUAAUGACCACAUGAGAAAUCACACUGGAGAGAAGCUGUUCGCAUGUGAUCAGUGUGGAAAGCGGUUCCGUUAUAAAAACAGCGUCAGCACUCACAUGAGACUCCACACUGGAGAGAGGCCGUACACCUGCAAACUGUGUGGGAAGAGCUUCACACAAAAAGGCACUCUUAAGAUUCACCUGAGAAUUCACACAAUAGAGAAACCAUUCAAAUGUGUGGAAAAUGACUAACGUGUAAAGAAAACCACACGAGGAUUCACACGAGAGAGAGAGAAGCCAUUCAUAUGUGUGGGCUCGUGCGGUCAUGAAAAACCUGGGAAAGUCAUGGACAUUUAAAAUGGCAAUUUCCAGGCCAGGAAAAUUUUUGGAAAAGUCAUGGAGGUUUAUUUCUCUUUCCCUGCCAAGCACGGAAUUUUCCGGGUUUCCACGUUCUCGCUGUUUACACAUUGUUACGCAUCUCCUGGAUGAGUCCACAAUCACCCGAUCAAAAACACAGGCGAGGAAGAUGCAGAAACGAGGAACAUUCAUAUGCAAGCAGAAGCAUAUGAAAAACAAUGCCAUCAAUAAUAAAGAGCAUAUAAAUGAAAACUGCCUAAUGUUACCGAGGCUUUGGGGGUGUUGACGGAAGCGAUCGACUGCAUCUAUGCUUUGAUAAUCAUGCUGAAUAUGAUUCAGAUGUAGUCUUUAAUAAAGAAGCUUUUUGAGCAAAAUGUUGCUUUUUUUUUAAUGAAACUUA